UCAGUUUGCGUUCAACAACGGUUGUCAGUCUUAUCGAUAAUCUGAAGGAAGUGAAAAGCAAUAAUUCAAACUAAGCAAAUAACUACAUUUUUGAAAACUAAAGCCAGUGCCAAUAAAAGUGAUAUUGAAACGUAACAUAAAUUUUUACCUGCUAAAAACUACCCACUUGAAAAUGGUGUUUAACUUCAAAGUCUUCAAGAAGUGCUCCCCAAAUGGCAAGGUCACAAUCUAUAUGGGAAAACGUGACUUCGUCGAUCACGUGGCAGGAGUGGAACCGAUUGAUGGUAUCGUUGUCUUGGAUGAUGAAUAUAUUCGUGAUCAGCGUAAGGUCUUCGGUCAAAUCAUCUGUAGCUUCCGUUACGGUCGCGAAGAAGAUGAAGUCAUGGGAUUGAAUUUCCAGAAGGAACUGUAUUUGGCUUCCGAGCAAAUCUACCCACAGCCGGAGAAAUCUGGAAAGGAACAAACUAAGCUACAGGACCGUCUGUUGAAGAAACUGGGACCAAACGCGUUCCCAUUCACCUUCAACAUUUCUCCGAAUGCUCCAUCUUCAAUUACUUUGCAGCAGGGUGAAAAAGACCAGGGAGAACCGUGCGGAGUGUCGUACUACGUGAAGAUCUUUGCCGGUGAGUCCGAAACUGACCGAACUCAUCGUCGCAGCACGGUCUCCUUGGGAAUUCGCAAGAUUCAAUUUGCCCCGACGAAGCAAGGUCAGCAGCCGUGCACCGUAGUGCGCAAGGACUUUAUGCUGAGCCCUGGAGAACUUGAGUUGGAGGUCACGUUAGACAAGCAACUCUACCUGCAUGGAGAACGAAUUGGCGUUAACAUUUGCAUCCGUAACAAUUCGAACAAGGUGGUUAAGAAGGUUAAGGCCAUGAUCCAACAAGGCGUUGAUGUAGUGCUGUUCCAAAACGGAAGCUAUCGCAAUACAGUGGCCUCAAUGGAAACUAGUGAAGGUUGCCCAAUUCAGCCGGGAUCUAGCCUUCAAAAGGUUAUGUACUUAACUCCAUUGUUGGCUUCCAACAGGCAAAGGCGUGGCGUUGCUCUAGAUGGACAAGUUAAGCGCCAUGAACAAUGCUUAGCUUCAACUACUCUGCUGGCUCAACCGGAUCAACGUGACGCCUUCGGUAUCAUCGUGUCCUACGCUGUGAAGGUGAAACUAUUCCUUGGUGCCCUUGGCGGAGAGGUCUCUGCUGAGCUACCUUUCGUUCUUAUGCACCCUAAACCUGGUAGCAAGGCCAAAAUCAUCCAUGCCGAUAGCCAAGCCGAAGUUGAAACCUUCCGGCAGGAUACCAUCGACCAACAAGCGUCGGUUGAUUUUGACUAAAUUCAGCAUGCUGGUUUGAAUAAACAGGAAAAGGGAACCUAGCCCAAGCCGAUCACAUCCUAUAUGGACACUACAACCUCUGCUAGAACGCAGUAAACAACCAGAACGCUAAAACGAACGAACGAUACCUGAACACCAACCACUAUAACCUUCAUCAUUUGUUUUAUAAUUCAGCCAAACACACCAGUGCUAUUUAUUUUUUGCUUGAUUUAAUAGUUCCAACCACAAAAACACUACAAUAUUUGUUAAAUUAUUUCAAUAAUGUAAUAUUUUUUGCAGUAAACAGAGUUUUAAACAGAUUCAGAAAUUGUAAAACACAAUAAAAUAUGAUUCGACGAUGGCCAUCGGAAAAAAACUGAUUUAUUUAAUCUCACAUUUCUUCAGCAUUUGAGGAAACUCAUGCACAUAAUGAACGGAUACCUACAAGAUUAUCUUACAAGUCUGUGAAAGUACCUUAAAAAUCUCUCCGAAAUCUCGACAAAUACAAAAUUGCGAAAAAGAAUUUACUUAGAAAAACUGUAUAAUAAGCACCGGAUUCAGGAGU